UUCCAGAUUACGAGAGAUGAUGUCAUCCUAGAAUCAAGUUUAUUCUCCUUGUUUAAGCCUUUUGCCUUUGUACCACCACCACGUUUUCCUGCUGCGGUUCCCAAAUAUUACCCUGAAAACGGUAACUGUUUCAUGGAUUGUCUCGAUAGAGUCUCGAUGAAUAUUGAUUUGUUUGCGAUACGCAGAUCUAUCAAAUACCAUCUGCCCUCAUCUGCCUCGUGUUCGGAACAAGACCAAAUUUCGCAUACCUUUCCAGGAAUAUGACUCUUUCUUUCUACUAAACACUAAUAAACGCCUCUACCGAACAUGCUUGCAUCACCAGCGUGAGGCAUCCGUCCCUCUCCUCUCUACCACUUAUAAUCUCAACCGCCGCCAUGCUCUCUCUGCCUAUCAGAUCGACCAACACCAGUCUGCCCCAUCAAGGCGGUCUCUGGAAUAGGUUCAAAGGCAAAAACAAAGACGAAAUGCAGAAACAACAGGCUCUCGCUCGACAGCGUCUCUUGACACUAUGCUUCGAAGAGAUGGAGACUGUUCGAAUGCUACCUAAUACCCUAGCUGAACUCGAGGCCGUCGCACGCGAGUGGACGAGACCGCCACCCGAUGCUAUGUUUUCUCUUCGUAUACCCGUCGAAUAUGCAUCUUUGAACGCUGCUCGUCUCAUUUCCGGUCCUUAUAUCUAUCUUACCGGAGAAGACUCGUUUCAAAUCGCCCAAAUGGGUGUUCAGGGUUUGCGGGUGGAGAUUGUUAGUGACGCACCUCCCCCGCCGGAGGAGCCACCCCCACCACCACCACCACCCGUUUUGGAGAUGCCGGCCACCUUCAAUUUAGAAUUAAUGCCCGGCCAACACGUUGCCCUCGACACCACCGUAUCGUCGGACGAACUUGAUAUGGCUCGCAUGGAAGACGGGACUACAGUUGAUGGCAUGUUUUGGGGGAAACUUGACAUUGUUCAUCAGGGUGACACACACAAGAUGGAGUUCAGCGGGACUCGGCUACAGAACGAGCAGUAUACUCCCGAAUUUAUGUUUGAUUCUCGCGUCAUGACCAAGCUGGCUGUCGCCGCGAAGCCCACCACUGCAAGAUGUCAUCUCAGUCUUCUGACUCCCGAGGUGCAAUAUUGUGAUGUCAUUCUCACCUUCUCGCCUCUGUGGAAGCUGGGUAUUACCUGGCCUCCAGCAGAACAGGUGGCCGAUAACAAGGUAAAAUACUUUUUGCGAGCGCAUCCUGGUGGUGCCAUGGAGCACUUUGAAAGUGAAAUGGUGUCGACGGCUCUAUAUUACGAAGCAAUCCCUGAACCCGGCAUGAUGGAUCCUAAUGACUACAUUGCUCCGCGUAACGGAUAUGCUAUGUCUUUCCGAGAUUUCAUUCCCCACCUAAUGAAUGUAUUGGAUCAGCUUGGAAUGUCUCUAUAUGCUCGCACGAACUUCAUUAAUAACAAUAUGGGCGCUUUCUCCGCGCACAAGAAUAUAGCCUAUCGAUUCCUUCCACCUCCGAAAAUUGCCGCCGCUAUCGAUAUCUCUGUAACGUCAGACCCAUGUGUGUUUCUGCGGUUGUUCCUUAUCUGGCGGGGACUCUCCGAUGAUGAUGUUGGCAUUUUUGCCGGUGCAGGAGAGAAGGAAGCCAAUACGGUCAACUGGAGACAAAUCGUGGGGUGGACGGAGGAGUCGAAGGACUCCACUAUGUUCAGGGUGCUGGAAACUGCCGUGCUUGAGGUGACCUAGACUUUGGGACUCUUUUCUUUUCCUUUUCCAUGCUUCUUUUUCCAUCCCUUUGCCCCAGGACAGUACGUAUCACUACUAAUCGGGGGAUAUCACUGUUACUCUUGUCCCGUCCACUGUAGCCUUUUCUUUCUCUUGUCAUGUUCGUCUGGUACUCCACGACUCGUCCACGUUUUCUUGAUGAUUUCAUCGUUCUAUUGCUGUGUGGUAUAUGCUCUUUGUCCCUGUAGUAAUAGUACUGGUAGUAGUAGAUUUUUCUAUAUUUCUUAAUUGUAUUCACCUUGGCGGUGGUACCUUGGCUUGUUCCGGUGG